AUGCCGCCAAAUGAUAAAGCAGGACGCGUCGUGUUCAUCGGAAAUAUUCCUUAUGGAGGAACGGAGGAGAUGAUUGUCGAAACCCUCGGUCGCGUAGGCCAGGUGCUCAACUUCCGACUCGUAUACGACAAGGAGACUGGUAGACCCAAGGGCUUUGGUUUCGCUGAGUUUGCAGAUGCCGACGCAGCAGCCUCCGCCGUACGCAACCUGAACGACCACGAGAUCAUGGGAAGGAAGCUCAGGGUUGACUGGUCCAACGACAAUGGAUCUGGAGACACUGCUCCCCCAACAAACUUCGGCGCACCGGCGCCUUCGAAUGGACCUGCCGAGGGUGCCUUUCCUCCUCAAUCGCAAUCAAACAUUCUCCCACCCCUACCUCCAGGUGUCGACGUUCCUCCGAACUUUACUGCGCCAGACGCGAUCUCGCGAACCCUCUCGACGCUGCCACCUCCACAACUGCUCGAUAUCUUGUCGCAGAUGAAGGGUCUCGUUAUGAAUGAACCGCAAAAGGCCACGGAGCUGCUCAGACAAGCCCCCCAACUUGCCUAUGCCAUAUUCCAGGCCUUGUUGAUACUCAACCUUGUUGAUGCUUCUGUUCUGGCACAAGUAGUCGAGCAAACGAAUCCUGCUGCUCCUGCCGCAGCGCCUCCUGUCCAACCUCCCGCACCGCAGCAUCAACCUCCGCCCCCGGCAUAUGGUGGAUACCCGCCUCAGUCGGCACCUACUCCUCCUGUCCAGGCGCAACAGCCACCACCACAACAGCAGUAUGCGCAGCAUCAAGCACCAGCACCUGCGCCCACAAUGCAACUCGCUAGCCUUCCCCCUGAGCAACAACAACAGUAUGCAGCGAUUUUGCAGCUGCUCCCCCAGCAGAUAGAGGCACUGCCAGCAGCGCAAAAAACGCAGGUCAUGCAGAUCAGGCAGCUCUUUGGUAUCCGAUAG